GUCUUCCCAAAUAUCAUCAUUAACGUGCCUUUGAAAAUUGCAACUUGCGUAUGAUCUGUGAAGAUUUGCAAGAGUUCACAAAGUCAAGUCUCAAGUUUUCACUUCAGUGGACAAUGUUAUUAGCUCAGAUAAAUCGAGACUCUCAGGGAAUGACUGAAUUUUCUGGAGGCGGAAUGGAGGCCCAGCAUGUGACACUUUGUCUAACAGAAGCAGUAGCUGUGCAAGGUGAACCUUCAGAUGGUGACAACUUGGAAAACAUGGAAGGUGUAAGUUUGCAAGCAGUUACCCUUGCUGAUGGCUCCACUGCUUACAUACAGCACAAUUCUAAAGAUGGUAAAUUAAUGGAUGGCCAAGUGAUUCAAUUAGAAGAUGGUUCUGCUGCGUAUGUUCAACAUGUACCCAUGCCCAAAAGCAGGGACAGCUUGCGUCUGGAAGAUGGACAAGCAGUUCAGCUGGAGGAUGGAACUACGGCAUUUAUUCAUCACACCUCGAAAGACAGUUAUGACCAGAGUGCAUUACAAGCAGUCCAGCUGGAGGAUGGAACUACUGCCUACAUUCACCACACGGUGCAAAUGCCACAGUCAGAUACCAUUUUAGCCAUUCAAGCUGAUGGCACAGUGGCAGGUCUUCAUACAGGAGAUGCAGCCAUUGACCCAGAUACCAUCAGUGCUUUGGAGCAAUAUGCAGCCAAGGUGUCUAUUGAUGGAAAUGACAAUGUUAGUGGCACAGGAAUGAUAGGUGAAAAUGAACAAGAUAAAAAAAUGCAGAUUGUCUUGCAAGGACAUGGAACAAGAGUGACUGCAAAAUCUCAGCAGAGUGGAGAGAAGGCCUUUCGCUGUGAUUACGAUGGCUGUGGAAAACUGUACACAACAGCUCACCAUCUUAAGGUGCAUGAAAGGUCACACACAGGAGACAGACCAUAUCAGUGUGAACAUCCUGGAUGUGGCAAAGCCUUUGCAACAGGGUAUGGGUUAAAAAGUCAUGUCCGAACACACACUGGUGAAAAGCCUUAUCGGUGCACAGAAGAAAAUUGCACCAAAUCAUUUAAGACUUCAGGAGACCUGCAGAAACAUAUCCGAACCCACACAGGUGAAAGGCCCUUUAAGUGUCCAUUUGAAGGAUGUGGCAGGUCAUUCACAACAUCUAACAUUAGAAAGGUUCACAUCAGGACACAUACAGGCGAAAGGCCUUAUUACUGUACAGAGCCAGGAUGUGGGAGAGCUUUUGCCAGUGCAACUAAUUAUAAGAAUCAUGUGAGAAUACACACAGGGGAGAAGCCCUAUGUCUGUACAGUUCCUGGUUGUGAUAAACGUUUUACAGAGUAUUCCAGUUUGUAUAAACAUCAUGUUGUACAUACUCAUUCCAAACCAUAUAACUGUAAUCACUGUGGGAAAACAUACAAGCAGAUUUCUACACUUGCUAUGCACAAGCGGACAGCACACAAUGACACAGAGCCCAUUGAAGAAGAACAAGAGGCUUUUUUUGAGCCACCUCCAGGUCAAGGUGAAGAUGUUCUCAAAGGCUCCCAGAUAACCUAUGUGACAGGUGUAGAGGGAGAAGAUGUAAUUUCUGCACAGGUUGCUACAGUUACUCAGUCAGGAUUAGGUCAACAAGUAGCACUAAUAUCCCAGGACGGAACCCAACAUGUCAACAUAUCCCAGGCAGAUAUGCAGGCCAUUGGCAAUACUAUCACUAUGGUAACACAAGAUGGCACCACCAUCACAGUCCCUGCCCAUGAUGCCGUCAUCUCUUCUGCAGGAACACAUUCUGUAGCGAUGGUUACUGCAGAAGGCACCGAAGGACAGCAGGUUGCUAUUGUGGCUCAAGACUUAGCAGCAUUUCAUAGUGCAUCAUCAGAAAUGGGACAUCAGCAACAUGGGCACCACUUAGUGACAACAGAAACUAGACCUGUUACAUUGUUGGCUACAUCCAAUGGAACACAAAUUGCAGUACAGCUUGGAGAACAACAGUCUCUGGAAGAAGCCAUUAGAAUAGCCUCCAGAAUACAACAGGGUGAAACACCAGGGAUUGAUGAUUAACUUCUAAAACUGCUACAGAACAAUAGAGUGAAAGUUCUGAGUGCCUGCUACUACCAUUCAGUACCUAGGAUAUGCUGAUAAUUAGUGCUUUUGAAAAUCAGGACACAAGUUACUAGAAAAAAGGGAUUAUUAAUAAUGAUGUAAGUACAAUGCUCCUCUCCACCUAUCAUUCUGUAAGGGAAAAAAAUCCGUUGUAGAUAUGUCUAACACAUACAGUAAAACAGAACUUUAAAUUUUUUUAUAUGAAAAAGUGUCUUUACUCUUGUCUUGUUAAGUAAGCUUGUUAAGCAAGUUAAAAUUUUUUGGCUUCAUGUAAGAUUCAGUGCUUACUUUAGAUGACUGUCAAGAGCACUUCUGAAACUGAAGCCUCACCUUUUACCUUCUCAAGGGAAGGAUUAAACAUCUUCUGGAUGAAGCGUUAAUCAAGUAAUCAUUUUAUAAGUAUUGUGAGGUACACAUUUUACAUAAAAAGUUAAGUCCGUAACUAUGUACCUUGCGGUAUUUGACCUCAAAAAGGCCAAGUUUGAAUAGAAUGAAGCUAAUUUAUUGUGAAUUACUGUAUCAGUGUGGGUUGCAGCCUUUUAUGUUUUUCAUACAGACGGCCAACUGAAAAGUGCAGUGAAAGAAUACACUACUGUGGGAUAGGUGUGGACGAAGCAAAGACUGUUCUCUGGAUCCAUUACAAAGUAAAACUUGGAAACAUUGAGGUUGUCUGUAACUUUUGUAUAGGAUUGAGGCUGCUUGCUCACUUAGGUGCCAGUUUUCCUGAAGUAGUGUAAUUCUUGAUAUCCCAUGGAGAUAAAUGUACUAUGCAAGGAGGAUUAACUGCCUGUCAACUAGAUCAGUUUCUUAGUAUUUAUCACCUUUUAGAAAUUAAAGAUGUAUCAUUUGACAUAACCGUUCAA